GCCCGGGCUAUGCAAAUGCGCCCCCCGCGGGGCGCUGCGAGCGAGUCGCUCCGCGGGCAGAGCAGAGCGGCGCGGCCGGCGGCGGAGCUCCGAGCUGCGGGCGCGGAUCCGUUCCAUUCCGCUCCGCUCCGCCUCGCGCCGCCAUGUCGCGGCUGCCGGUGCCGGCGUGAGGGAGACGCGGGCCGGAGUGCGACGGGCGCGGCCAUGCGGGGCCCGGCGGGCUGGGUGGCGCUGGCGGCGCUGCUGGGCGAGUGGCUGCGGGCGGGCGGCGUGGUGCCGCUGGCGGACUUCUACCCGUUCGGGCCGGCGCAGGGCGACGCCGCCACGCUGAAGCAGGACGACGGCGGCUCCGAGCUGCGGCCCCUCUCCGUGCGCUUCCCCUUCUUCGGAGCGGGGCACACCGGGCUCUACGUGAACAACAACGGGAUCAUCUCCUUCCUGAAGGAGGUCUCUCAGUUCACGCCGGUGGCCUUCCCCAUCUCCAAGGACCGGCGUGUGGUGGCGGCUUUCUGGGCGGACGUGGACAACCGGCGGGCGGGCGACGUGUAUUACCGGGAGAGCCAGGACCGGGCCAUCCUGGAGCGGGCGACCAGAGACAUCGCGCGGUACUUCCCCGAGUUCCCCGACUUCUCUGCCCAGUGGGUGUUCAUCGCCACGUGGUACCGAGUCACUUUCUUCGGGGGAAGCUCGUUUUCUCCGGUAAACACAUUCCAGAUCGUCCUCAUCACGGACGGCAAGCUCUCCUUCACCAUCUUCAACUAUGAGUCCAUCACCUGGACCACGGGUAUGCACGCCAGCAGUGGGGGGGACUUUGCUGGGCUUGGCGGCAUCGCAGCGCAGGCAGGUUUUAACGCCGGUGAUGGAAAGCGCUACUUCAACAUCCCCGGAUCCCGCACUGACGACAUCGCUGACGUGGAGAUGACGACAAAUGUGGGUAUCCCCGGGCGCUGGGUGUUCAGAAUCGAUGAUGCCCAGGUGCAAGUGGGGGGCUGCAGCAAUACAACCUCCGUGUGCCUGACGCUGCGGCCCUGCCUGAACGGGGGGAAGUGCAUCGAGGACUGCAUCACUGGGAACCCCUCCUACACCUGCUCGUGCCUCGCGGGCUUCACGGGGAAAAGGUGCCAUGUCGACGUGGAUGAGUGUCUGUCUCACCCGUGCCAAAACGGAGCCACCUGCAUCAACAGCGUCAACAGCUUCAGCUGCCAGUGCCCGCCAGGCUUCAGAGGUGCCAGCUGUGAGAUCGAAGAGUCGCCGUGUGAGACCAAGGUGUGCCAGAACGGCGGGACGUGCCAGGUGGCAAACGGGACGGCGGUGUGCACGUGCCAGCCGGGGUACGCAGGAGGAGAUUGCGAGACAGAGGUGAACGAGUGCGAGUCCAGCCCCUGCCUGAACGGAGGGCACUGUGUUGACCUGGUUGACAACUACACGUGUGUGUGCCUGGAGCCCUUCGUGGGACAGCGCUGUGAGACAGACCCCUCCUCCUGCGAGGACCGGAGCUGCAGGAACCGGCAGACGUGCAACUACAUCCGCCCGGGACGCUACAUCUGCACGUGCUCCCCGGGCUAUUAUGGCAACAACUGCCAGUACGGUGGCCCCCGUGUGCCCAGUGCCUGCCUCUCUAACCCCUGCCAGAACGGGGGCAGCUGCCUGGAGCUGGAGCAGGGCUAUGCCUGUGACUGCCCAGAGGGCUACGCCGGGCAGGACUGCCGUGACAAGCUGACUGAGGGCUGUGAGUGUCGCAAUGGCGGCAGCUGCCUGGAGGGGAAUGUCACCAUCUGCCAGUGCCUGCCAGGGUAUUUUGGCCUGCUCUGUGAAUUUGAAGUGACCACCACACCGUGCAAUGUGAACACGCAGUGUCCAGAUGGCGGCUACUGCAUGGAGUACGGCGGGAGCUACCUGUGCGUGUGCCACACCGACUACGGCACCAACCACAGCUUUGCAGCGGUGCCGUCCCCCUGUGACUCUGAGCCCUGCCUGAACGGGGGCUCCUGCGAGACUCAGGACGACUCCUACACCUGUGAGUGUCCCUCAGGCUUCCUGGGCAAGCACUGCGAGAGAGCCCGGCCACGGCUCUGCAGCACGGCGCCGUGCCGCAACGGGGGCACGUGCAAGGAGGCCGACGGCGAGUACCACUGCGCCUGCCCCUACCGCUUCACCGGCCGCCACUGCGAGAUAGGUAAACCGGACCCCUGUGCCUCGGGGCCCUGCCAGAAUGGGGGCACCUGCUUCCACUACAUCGGCAAGUACAAGUGUGACUGCGCCCCGGGCUACGCUGGACGGCACUGCGAGAUCGUGCCAUCUCCCUGCUUCCUGAGCCCCUGUGAGAAUGGUGCGACCUGCGAGGAGCUCGGUGGGGACUUUGUGUGCACGUGCCCCAUGGGCUACACAGGGAAGCGCUGCGGGACAGAGAUUGACUGCGGCAUGCCCAGCGCUGUGAAGCAUGCCCAGGCCUCCUUCAACUCCACCACGGUGGGCUCGCUGGCCAAAUACCACUGUGAGCUGGGCUACGUCCUCAGCCAGCACAACAGCCCCCGUGUCUGCCGCUCGCAGGGUGUCUGGAGCGACCCCCCUGAAUGUGACGAGAUUGAUGAGUGCCGGUCUCAGCCCUGCCUGAACGGUGGCCAAUGCAAAGACCGCAUCGCCGAGUUCCUGUGCGUGUGCGAGCCGGGAUACACGGGCCUCCACUGUGAGUUGGAAGUUGAUGAGUGCCAAUCAGAGCCCUGUAAGAACGGUGGCACCUGCCGGGACCUCCUGGGCUCCUUUGCCUGCUCCUGUCCCGCGGGCUUCAUGGGCACCCAGUGCGAAGAAGAAGUGGACGCCUGUGAGUCAGACCCUUGUCAGAAUGGAGGGGAGUGUGAAGGUGAUGGAGGUUCCUACCUGUGUGUGUGCCCAGAGGGUUUCUUUGGUUACCACUGUGAGACAGCCAGUGACCCGUGCUUCUCCAGCCCAUGUGGGAGCCGAGGCUACUGCCUGCCCAGCAAUGGCACCCACAGCUGCACCUGCAAAGUGAGCUACACAGGCAAGAGCUGCGAAAAAGAAUUGCUGCCACCAACCUCAUUAAAGGUGGAAAGGGUGGAGGACACUGGUGUGUUGAUUUCUUGGCACCCUCCUGAGGACGCAGCCGCCAGGCAACUCAUUGACGGCUACGCCGUGACGUACGUAUCCUUCGACGGCUCUUACCGCAGGACAGAUUUUGUGGACCGAAGUCGUUCUGCCCACCAAUUGCGGGCACUAGCCUCCGGCAGAGCCUACAAUAUUUCUGUCUUUUCAGUCAAACGCAACGUGAACAACAAGAAUGAUAUCAGCAGGCCUGUCAUGCUCACCACGCGCACUAGACCGCGUCCGGUGGAAGGCUUUGAGAUCACGAACGUGACGGCCAGCACCAUCACGGUGCAAUGGGCUCUCCACCGGCUCAAACACUCCACCGUCAGUAGGGUGCGUGUCUCCAUCCGCCAGCCUGGGGACCUGGAAGACCGCACGGUGGAGCUGAACAGCAGUGUGGCCAAGUACACCUUCCUGGACCUGCAGCCAGGAGAGCGGUACAUCGUCCAUGUCACGACGCUGAGUGGCAUGGGGACAGAAGAUCACCCCUCGGAGAGUCUGGCCACAGCCCCCUUCCACGUGUGGACGAGGCCUCUCCCCCCUCGCAACCUCACAGCCUCCCGCGUCACCCCCACCUCUGUGUCCGUGACGUGGGAGCAGCCACCCACUGGUGCCGUGGAGGGGUACAUCAUCAACGUCACCACCGCGCAGAGCGUCAAGAGCCGCUACGUGCCCAACGGGAAGCUGGCGUCCUACACCGUGCGGGACCUGCUGCCCGCACAGCGCUACCGCCUGUCUGUGACAGCUGUGCAGAACACAGAGCAGGGGCAGGUGCACAGCGAGCCCAUCCACCUCUACGUCACCACCCUGCAGAAGGAUGGGGCUCCGGAGAGGCGCUGGAGCCAGGCUGGCCAUCCCCGUGUCCUGCGCAACAGGCUGCCCCCGGCCUUCCUGCCCGAGCUCCGCUUGCUUGCAGACCACGACACAGCUGAAGAGCCCUCGCCAGCCCCCAGGUUCACUGAGCUGGUGGAUGGCAGAAGGAGGAUCAGUGCCAGGUUCGGCACUUUGCCAAGCAAAUCCAUCACCGUGAAGACACAGCCAGAGGCUCCCGUGAGGCUGGAGAACAGCGAGGAGCCCAGCCGGAGCAGUCUGGCACUGCAGCUGCGAGAGGCAUGGAGCAAAAGCAUCAGGCAGAACUGCUCCACAAACCCCUGCAAGAAUGGAGGCACCUGUGUAAGCGAGAGCGAAUCCUACCAUUGCGACUGCAUCCCGGGCUUCAAGGGCAGGCACUGUGAGCUAGCAGCCUGCAAGAAGGUGCCACACUCGUGCACGCGGCUGUACUCGGAAACCAAGUCAUUCCCUGUGUGGGAAGGAGGCACCUGCCACUACCUGUACAGGAGAGUAUACAAGGUACACCAGGAUGUAUGCUACAAGGAGAGCUGUGAGAGCACCGGUUCCAAGAAAACCAGCAGAAAACGAAGCGACAGUCACACACUGAAGAAGCCAUAGUGGUUCAAAGCAGUAGGAGCUUCAUCCUUCCACGUCUAAGGGCUUCUGCAACACCAGGAAGAUCAGAUCUGCUCACUGGGUUGAACGCAGCAGGGCCACCUUCCUGCCUGGCCUCAGCCACUCCCUCUCCUCCAGCCCAUUAGGGACACACAGCCAGACUGGCAUCCGAGCAGCGCUGCCUUCCCUCUGCCGGACCAGCAGUGCCUUUGCCCUGCCUUGCCUUGUCCCGGCUGCCUGCUCUGGGGGGUCCCUCAGCCCCCCUCCACCCCCCGGGCUUCUGGCUCUGCUCUGACACCGCCAGGCUGAGCCCAGCAGCAGCUGCACCAACCUGUUUUCGUAACCCAAGGUUAUAAGAAGUUACCUAUAACCCCCCAAAUAAAACAAUUGAAUGCGGACCCAAAAGCCUUAGCUAUCACCUGAACCCUGGCUGCCCCCACGGCCCGGUGGGAGGAGGUCUUCUCUACAUCCAUUCCCUACAUUAGAAAUAGAGGUGAGAGCGGUGCUGGAGGCACAGCCCUGCGCUGGAGAGGGGCAGUUCAGGCAGCUUCCACUGCCUCCAUGUUGGUUUUUUUUUCUUUGCUUUGUAAAAAAAUCUGUGGUUUUAACCAUCUUUCCAGCUCAGCAAGUGACGGAGCACCUGGAAUGUACUAGAAAGUGCUCUGCAGAUCGGUUUGUCAGCAGGGGGGGCGAUGCUACGCUCAGUGUGGCACAGCACGGUGCCACCCCCUGCACCGCCUGCAGCUCUCAGCACCCUCUGUGGCUCAGUGGGGCUGCUGCCAUCCCCGUGCUGUUUGUGGGUACCCUGGUGACUGUAGCAGAGCCAGCAAGGGGGAAAAAAAAGAAAAAAAAAUUAGCUUAGAAACGUUCCUAGUUGUUGUGAGUUUGUACGACGAUGCUAGUUAAACAUAGAUUUGUGUAUUAACGUACACGGUGUAUAUUAUAAAUUAAUACGUACCAGAGAUAUAUCGUAGUUAUGGCAUAGAGUGUUAUUGCCCUGGCUGCAGGCAGGAGGUGGGACAGCCCUGCAGCACCUCGUCCUGCUGGGCGCUGGCUAAGAGCGGGGCCGGCCACGCUCCCCUGCAGCACUGGGGACGCCUCUUCUGCCACGGAGGAGAACGAGGUUUGCAGAUAGAGCCCUUGCUUUCGCUCUGCCUCUGUGGACGCGUGCUCUGGGCUGGGAUCCUCCCGUCCCUGGGGUGGGUGGAAAACCAACCCCUGGGGAUGAGAGCGGGGCCAGGGGAGAGCCAGAGCAGGCUGUGCUGUGCCCCAAAGCAGGGCCUGGCCCCUCUGCUCCCCUGGGCUGGCGCUGCCCUGCCUGGGCCCUCCCUGCAGCGCUCGGAAGACAGCGGCGCACAGCAUGUAACACAGCCAAAAGAUUUUAACCUAGUCUUUAAAAUGAAUUAGUUAUUUGGGUUUGGUUGUUGUUUUUUUUUUUUUUUUUUUUUUUUUUUACUAAAUAAAUAAAAACACUUUAUAGAAACGGUA